GAUAUGUCUAGUAUGUGUAACAAUAGCGACCAACCCAUGAAGCAACCAAUAACAUCUGAAAACACGAUCCUUAAAACUCUUUUUCUUACAAUUUGAGCACUGAGAGGAGACCCGUGGACCUCAAACGAACAGCCCAAAUUGCAUGACCCGUAACCCGGAUCCAGACCCGACAAGCCUCCAAACCGCCAUUCUUCCCAAGAAUUCUUAUUAUACAUCUUAGUUCCUGCCCCGCCAAGAAACUUCUGUAAACACACGCACAGAGAAUCAAGACAGGAAGAAAUGACAUUUUCAUAUGAAUCUCUGCCUUCCUCUUCCAACAAAGUCCUGACAGCGGCUGCUUCAGUUACUGCUUCCAUAAUCCUCCUCAAAUCCAUUGCCAAUGACCUAAUCCCACACCAAAUCCACACCUAUUUCUCUUCAUCCCUUCACAAACUCUCUAGCCGCCUCUCGUCCAACCUCACCGUUGUCAUAGAAGAAUUCGAUGGUCUGACUUCUAAUCACAUGUUCGAGGCAUCCAACGUUUAUCUCGGCACCAAAAUCUCCCCCUCCACACAAAGAAUCAAAGUGAACAAACCCCAUAAAGACCAAGAAUUCGCAGUCACAGUAGACAAGAACCAAGAAAUCAUUGAUUUCCAUGGCGGGAUUAAGUUCAAGUGGUUAUUGCAGUCCUCUGCAAUCAAGCAUUCAGCCCAAGGUGGUAAGAAUAGCAAUCCAAGAACCGAACUCCGGUACUUCGAGUUGAGUUUUCACAAGAAACACAAAGAUUCCGCCUUGAAAGUUUACUUGCCUUAUAUACUGCGAAAAGCAAAGGAGAUCAAAGAAGAAACAAGAACCGUGAGGCUACAUACAGUUGAUUAUAACGGUACCGAUUAUUGGAGUUCCGUUGAGCUGAACCAUCCAGCAACCUUUGAUACGAUGGCUAUGGAUCCUGAUAUGAAGAAUGAGCUGAUUGAGGAUCUUGGCAGGUUUGUGAGGAGGAAAGAUUAUUACAGGAGAGUUGGGAAAGCUUGGAAACGAGGGUACUUGUUUUACGGGCCACCCGGUACCGGGAAGUCGAGCUUGGUUGCAGCCAUGGCUAAUUAUCUUAAGUUUGAUGUCUAUGAUUUGGAUUUAAGAGAGGUGCAGUGCAAUUCGGAUUUGAGAAGGCUGUUGAUCGGGUCCGCCAAUCGGUCUAUACUUGUAAUAGAAGACAUUGAUUGCAAUGUGGGCGUGCAGAACAGAGACAAUGAUCAUGCAACAACUGAGGAUGACAAGAUAACAUUGUCUGGACUGCUGAACUUCAUUGAUGGGCUGUGGUCAAGCUGUGGGGAUGAAAGAAUCAUAGUUUUCACCACUAAUCACAAGAACAGAUUAGACCCGGCGCUGCUAAGACCGGGCCGAAUGGAUGUGCAGAUAGAGAUGUCGUGCUGCAGAUUCAGUGGGUUCAAGAUUCUUGCUUCCAAUUAUCUCAGGAUAGAGGAGCAUUCACUGUUUACAGUAAUCCAGGAGCUGUUGACGAAAGUUGAGGCGACGCCGGCUGAAGUUGCGGGAGAGCUGAUGAAGAGUGAGGAUGCGGAUAUUGCCCUGAUAAAUCUUAUCAGAUUACUGGAGAGCAAGAACACCAGGGCUUGACUUUCGGUGAAGCAACAAAUCAAUUCAUAUGGACAGUUUGAGGGCAUGAGAAUUGGUGAUGGAAGUAGCGAAACCCCUGUCUCAACAGGCUUUUGCAAUUUUAGCUUUGUCGUGUAAUCCCAAAAUUUACCAUGUUGGGGCAGGUACACUGAAUUCUUCAGUUUAUGUUGUGAACUUUUAAUGUUUUAGGCACAAUGAAUGAGGUUAAUCGAUUUAUAUUCUCUGAAA